AUGAUUUUCUCUUCGAGCCUUUUGCUCGCUUUCAUGGCGACUUGUGCACAUGCUCUACCCGUGUUCACCCAACCACUCACCAACUACAAAUGGCCUACUCAGUUUGUCCGGAGUGGUGAGGCAAACAUCCAAGUUCUUGUCCAAGGCGCAGGUCCCGCAGUUGUGAUCAUCCCAUCGUACGGGCGAGACGGAGGUGACGAUUACAACUACUUCAGCAACUCCCUCGUAGAUGCAGGGUACCUUGUGUUGCGACCUCAACCAAGGGGUACCUUUGAGUCUACGGGCCCGAUCACCAAUGUCACACUCGAAGACCUGGCGGCCGAUAUUGCAGCUGUGAUCGAUACACUGGGCGGAGGCCAAGCUAUAGUGAUCGGUCAUGCAUUUGGUACCUUCCUAGCCAAAGUGAGCUCCGUGCUCUACCCGGAAAAAAUACCUGCAAUUGUGGUAGCUGCCCCAGGUGGCAUCGAUCUCCCGACUGAUAUCGCCAAAAUGCCCUUUAUCACUGGCAACACCUCUUUGCCUAUCUCUGAAAGACUCAAAGCUCUCCAGACAGCCUUCUUUGCGCCCAAUCACGAUGCUCAUAUCUGGCUCGAUGGAUGGUACCCGGAUGUUCUUGCCAUGGAGCACGCCGCUGUGCAAGCUUAUGGUAGCUUGGCAUCGCAUUGGGGUGGUGCCGAUACUACACAGGUCCUCGAGUUGAUUCCUGCGGAUGACCCCUUCCAACCAAAGGCUCAAUGGAAUGUGACAAUGGACCUGUAUCCGAAUAGAGCGACUUCUAAAGUUAUUGCCGAUGCGUCGCAUGCGCUGUUCCCUGAGCAGGGAAAGGCCGUUUUUGAGGCUGUUUUGCCGUGGUUGAACCAACAGAGCUCGCACAUUUGA